AAGCAGCACAAGGAGAGGUCCUUUUCAGAAUAAAUUGGGUGGAGUAGGACCAUGGAGAGGCAGCAGCUGAUUCAACAGCACACAUGGUUGCACCGGCAUUCAGUACAGUGGAACUCUGUCUACAGGUUCACGAGGAUUUGUAUGUAACCGCGACAGGGAUCCAAUAACAGCCCCCAUGUGAGCAGUGCCACCAACUUCCCCGUUAUCUCCUUCCUAAAUCAUCAACAACAGCUACAGCUCAAUCAAACCCUAGCAGAAGCUGAAGACAAAACAAAAGAAGGAAAUAAAGUUCAUCGUUCGGAAUCAGUAUUAUGUCUGAGGAUGGGUGGUGGUGGUGAACAGAAGAGAAAGCAUGACAAGCAGAAAUGAGAGAGAGAGAGAGAGAGAGAGUUUGGGGAGUCGUGGAGCCAACGGAGCUCUUGAACGUAACUGUAAAAACGGUUCAACAACGGGCACAGGGAACGACCAAAGCUCGAUUAGCAGGGAAGAAAUGUUCAUGGCCAACGGCAGCAGAUAAGAGAAGGUAAAAGGAAGAUAAAGAGAAGAGAGGAUUUGGGGAGUGUUAGGUCGGGUUGUGAUGUCAAUCCAUCACAUUGUUCCUCCUCUUUGUUUUGUCUUGGAGUUCCUUGAGUUUUAACUUCCUUUCAACCCAGCGGUCUGCCCCACUCCAAUAUGGAGGAAUCGAUCAACUCGUCAUCUGUGGACGGCGCGCCCGGCUCCAAGGUUGGCUCAGCUUCUUCCGAGGAGAGUGGCUGGACCAUGUACUUGGAGGACUUCAUGGCAUCAGAGGAGAAGCAAGAAGCGGGUGGCUUCUACUCCAGCGCUGUCAAUGGGCCUUCUGCGAUCUCCGAUGCUGCUUCGUGUGUUGCAUGGACGCCGUUGAGUCUGAAGAAGAGGAAACGGAAGGGGCUACUAGAAGAUGACUCCUUGGAAGAUACUGCUAUCUCACCUGCUAGUAGCUCCAAGGUUACUGAUUUAAAUUACUUGACCAUGAAUCCAACCAAGAAAGAUGAUCACAGGGAAACACCUCAGGAGGGCGUUGUUGGCUCUAGGAGUAGCCAAGAACUAAAUGGAUUGAGUUCCACUGAGAGGAAGAAUGAAUGCACUGAGCAGAAGAAAAAUGGGGUUUGUCUAGUCCCUUUGUCCAUGUUAGUUCACUAUCUAGGCUAGAGUUUUAGCUGUUGUAGUUCAAGAAGAAUAUGGUAGCUUACCAUAGAGAGGAGUUCCUCUCUGUUCCUGUAUUUGUGCAGAUGCAUAGAUCAUGUGUGUGGUUUUUAUA